GUGCGAUUGGAUGCAACCCCGCCCGUCGCGAGGCAGGAUCAUGAUGAGGUUGCGUUGCCAAGAAGCUGGAGAAUACUAUAAUAACAAAGGAUCUCUCCCCCCUUUUUCUGAUUAUAUGAUGAAUUAAUGAUUGACCAACGACUAACCUACGGAUUAACCUCCAAUUGACCUACAAUCAACCUACAAAUUGCUGUAGAAACGCAAACAUUUAUCAUGCCGACUGUAACUACGCUGUCGCAGAUCAGCAUAUUCAACGUCGGCCCAUUGACGACCACCUUUACGACUCCAGCUUCAUGUAUUCAUGACACCUGGCUCGCCGCGCCCGCGGAGGGACCGAAGACGGUCUGGUACGCGCUCGAUUGCCGCGACGUGACAGUGAAUGACUGCGCCCCUUCCACUGCCGCCCUCAAGUCCCAUAUCCCGAGCGAUGUGGCGUCUAAUCCCGCUGCGCACUGGAUCCCCUACUACUCGCCGGGCGUCGUUUGCCCGUCCGGCUAUCAGACGGUGGGUGUUGCCGUGAAGGUCAACCCCACGUCCACCAGCAUGUCCGGCAUGUUCACUCGACCAACUUCUGGUGAUGAUUCUGAGGAUGAGCCAACUUCUGGUGAUAUUUCUGGGCAUGGCCCGAUGUUUAACCCUGGCACCAACGUCCUGAUGGAUGCUCUUGAUCCCGGCGAAACCGCCGUGAUGUGUUGCCCAAGCUCCUACAUUGCGGACGCCCAUGGCCUCUGCUGGUCGGCAUUGCCGACCUCGGUUCCCAAGCCGACCGAGUACUGCGAGAGGCUGAUCCCGAACAACGACCUCGACUCAAUCACGGCGACCUUCCCGCUCUACGGUCAGACGGUCACCGCCGAGGUCUUCACCUUCACGGCCACCUCCCCGAUCAUCCUGUCCACGCAAUCGCUCUCCGCCACCGACGCGGCGAGCAUGGUCCUCGUCGGCAACGCGCCGCCCAUCAUCAUGGUCCACCAGGCUUCGGAUGUCAGUUCCGCGGGGAAGGGGAAGGGCGGCGGCUCGGGCGCCUCUGAGACGAAUGCGGCGGCUCCCGGUGCGCACAUGGGAGGGGGUGGGGGCGGCAUGGCUGCGCUUGUUGCUGUGUGGUGCGCUGCUGUGGCGGCUGGGGCGAUGCUGAUGGUGCCUUUCUAAUCUUUGCUUUUUUUGACGGAUGAGCUGAGUGGUUGGGCACUUGGUAAAUGGUGUACUAUAUGUUAAAAGGGGUUGCCACCAAGGCCACGUUGGACUGGAGCUGUCAAGAACUGGGUCCGCGAUGCCUUGGGAGGUCCUGGUUAAGGAGGGUCUCAUCACCGAGGCGGAGAAGGAGACAGCCAUCGAGUAGCAGAAAGACGCUAUUCAGCUGCCCUUCACGGAUGAAACGCCCAUCAACUCCGGUUGUAUCUCUAAGCCAGCUAGACCAUGUAUAUCUUCUAAGUCUCGGUGUCGAGAGGAUUACCACCCG